CUCCCACCUGCGCGAAAAAGCCACGCCCUUCACGGCGAGCCACGCCCCCCGCUGCCCCCCUCCUCCAAGCCGGCAGGGGAUGGGCAGGUCCUAGCGCCGCAAGUUUCACCCACGAUGGGUGAAUAUAUUUGAAAUAUUUCUAAGUGGUGUACGCCGUGCUUUUUUUUCUAUAUAAAUUGGCUCAUCUGAUUUUGGCUACAUAAAACCACCAUUUUACAGUUCAGAUUGGGAAAAAUGAAUACAGUAAAUGGGCAAAAGUACAAAGAUUCACAAAAUGUUUUAGAGGUAUGCGUAGCCCCAGAAAAAGCACUGGGUGUAGGUAAAACUGAAGCAGACAGCAAACAACAGACAACUUAAGCAAAAUAUUGCAAAAAAUACCGUUGCAUAUAUAAAAGUGUUACAUUCAUGUAGAGUUAAUAAUAUACAUGUUAUUCAACACAGAGCAGGUUUUGCUGCUGGUGGUGGUGAACUACUAACUAUUCUGUUUUUGGCAACAAGUCUUGCAUUAUAUAUAUAAAAAUAAAGAAGUAAACAGAUGCAGAUCAUCCAUUGUGCUACUUUACCAAUGUAGCACAGAGGGAAAACAAUCAAGAUUCCCUCCCAGACAGAUGACAGAAAGCUAUAGAAUGGAGUUUUUUGUUGUUGCACUCUUCUGACACCAACAAUGUUGAUAAUAAUUCUUCACAUGGCACACAGCUGAACUGUGGAACUCACUCCCACAAGAGGCAGGGAUGGCCAACUUGGGUGGCUUUAAAAGAAUAUUGGACAGAUUCAUGGAGGAAGAGAGGACACCUGCUUCUUGGGAGAAAAGCAAUGACAAACCUGGACAGCAUCUUAAAAAGCAGAGACAUCACCUUGCCGACAAAGGUCCGUAUAGUUAAAGCUAUGGUUUCCCCAGUAGUGAUGUAUGGAAGUGAGAGCUGGACCAUAAAGAAGGCUGAUCUCCGAAGAAUUUAUGCUUUUGAAUUAUGGUGCUGGAGGAGACUCUUGAGAGUCCCAUGGACUGCAAGAAGAUCAAAUUCUCUCCAUUCUGAAGGAAAUCAGCCCUGAGUGCUCACUGGAAGGACAGAUCCUGAAGCUGAGGCUCCAAGACUUUGGCCACCUCAUGAGAAGAGAAGACUCCCUGGAAAAGACCCUGAUGUUGGGAAAGAUGGAGGGUGCAAGGAGAAGGGGACGACAGAGGACGAGAUGGUGGGACAGUGUUCUCGAAGCUACCAGCAUGAGUUUGACCAAACUGCGGGAGGCAGUGGAAGACAGGAGUGCCUGGCGUGCUCUGGUCCAUGGGGUCACGAAGAGGUGGACACGACUAAACAACAACAACAACUAGCCCUAUGACUAUGCUCUGCCCCCCUGGUUGGAAGAAGAAGAGUUUGGAUUUGAUAUCCCGCUUUAUCACUACCCGAAGGAGUCUCAAAGUGGCUAACAAUCUCCUUUCCCUUCCUCCCCCCCAACAAACACUCUGUGAGGUGAGUGGGGCUCAGAGGCUUCAGAGAAGUGUGACUAACCCAAGGUCACCCAGCAGCUGCAUGUGGAGGAGCGGAGACGCGAACCCCGUUCACCAGAUUACGAGUCCACCACUCUUAACCACUACACCACACUGGCUGGUGUAAAUUAGGCAGUAAAUUACUCUGAAUACCACUUGCUGGAGACCAAAGGAGGGAAGGGUGCUGCCAUCUCUCAUGGGCUUUGAUGUGAAAGACGGGGCAAGCUUGUUUUCUCAUGCUCUGGAGGAUAGAACUCGAACCAACAUCUGAAUAACUUUCUAGCAGUAAGAGUUGUUCAACAUUGGAACAGGCUCCCUAAGGAAGUUGUGGACUCUCCUUCCUUGGAGGUUUUCAAGCAGAGGUUGGGUGGCCAUCUGCCAUGGAUGCUUUAGUUGAGAUUCCUGAAUUGCAGGGGGUUGGACUGGAUGACCCUUGGGGUCCCUUCUGUACAUUUAAAUUUGUUAAAUGUUCCAAAAAUUAUGCAUAAAUGUAUCCUUUCGACUUGACAGCUCAGGGAAGUUACCUAGCUUUAAAAAUCAUAUAAAAUCAACUCCUUUGCCACUUUCCUUCAUUCCACCGCCAAUUUGCUUCAUUGGCCAAGGACUUGGAAACCACUCAGUCCCCACCAUAAUCCCUCAAGCGGGAGGUCACUGUACUCACAGGACACUCAUAGGUGUCAAUCGCUGGGCAGAGGCACUCCUCCGGACUUGCCCAGGUGGCAGACUAUGCAAACCAACGUUCUACUGUCCCUUUGUAGUAGGUGCUUAGAAUGUACUUCCCAAUACAUAUCCUGUAUCCGCCUGUUGCCCCAACACAUUCCUCCUAUGUUAAUCAUGUAUAGGUAAAGGUAAAGGGACCCCUGACCGUUAGGUCCAGUUCUGGCCGACUCUGGGGUUGCGGCGCUCAUCUCACUUUAUUGGCUGAAGGAGCCGGCGUACAGCUUCCGGGUCAUGUGGCCAGCAUGACUAAGCCGCUUCUGGCGAACCAGAGCAGCGCAUAGAAACGCUGUUUCCCUUCCCGCUGGAGCGGUACCUAUUUACCUACCAUAUUUUUCGCUGUAUAAGACGCACCAGACCACAGGGCGCACCUAGUUUUUGGAGGAGGAAAACAAGAAAAAAAAUAUUCUGAAUCUCAGAAGCCAGAACAGCAAGAGGGAUCGCUACGCAGUGAAAGCAGCAAUCCCUCUUGCUGUUCUGGCUUCUGGGAUAGCUGCGCAGCCUGCAUUCGCUCCAUAAGACGCACACACAUUUCCCCUUACUUUUUAGGAGGGAAAAAGUGAGUCUUAUAGAGCAAAAAAUACGGUACUUGCACUUUGACGUGCUUUCGAACUGCUAGGUUGGCAGGAGCAGGGACCGAGCAACGGGAGCUCACCCCGUCACGGGGAUUCGAACCGCCAACCACCCGCGUCCCUUAUUUAAUCAUAUAUAACCCUCCCUUUUUCUAAUGUAGCAAUGAUGUAGUGAUGAUGCUUAAUGAACUGUAAGCUGAGAUAAGAAAGAAACUUUUAAAAGUCCUUCUCACCCCAUCCUCGGGGUUCAAAAUUCCCCUUUGAACCUGUUGCGCAAUAAACUUUGGUCUACAGCUAUUUGCUCCGGUUGGUGGCUGGACUCCUUCCUUUAUUUCUCAGGGACCCCGCGGGCUCUGCCCGACCAGCUGGGUGGCUGAGCAGCCUCGCACCUAGAUUUUUCCAUAGCACUUCCAUCUCUUUGAUUCAUACUAAUCAAGUGCUCUUCCACUGAGCUGCAGCCCGUCCAUGGCAAUAUCAUGGCUUGCUGCCUCCUAAAGCCCAAAUCCAGCCCUGUUGUUACUAAUGGUGAGAACGGCAUGUUCCUUCUUUGCUUCCUCAGCGUUGGGCCUCCUUUCUCCUCUUUUAAACCAGAUCUCUAACUCUCUCUCUCUCUCUCUUGGUCAGUCAUUAGCAUUCCACAGAAGUUAAGUAAAUUGAAAACACACACACUGCCACAGCACUGCGAAGGAAGGAAACUGCGCUCACAACAAAUGCUUUCUGCUGACACGGUCCGUCUGUCUAACCUCCCCAUGCACAGAGCUGGUCCUCUUGACUGGUAGAUUGACUUGGGUUGAAUCCAUAACUGACCCACAGGGAAUUCCAGAGAGAUCGCUGGAGGAGAUCUUAGGCAGACGACUCCCAGAGACGUUUUUAAAUUGCCCAUUGCAUCGCUGUCGUUGGAGGACAGCUGUCACUCUGAUCCACUGCUGAAGUUCGCACCAAAUUGCACCGGAGAGAUCUCUGCCAUGGUGAGUCGGAGACUUUUUGGUUCAUAUUAUCACUGCCCAGCAUAUUAAAAAUAGGUGUUUUGUGUGGAGGGAGAGGUUGGAGUUGAUCUGCUAUCUAUUCCUGUCUUGAAGCGGUUUUCAAAUUAGGAGUUGUCCAAUCUGCAUUCUGAGAAACCUUUAGUACCUAGAACAGGGCAGGUGUGGAAAAUGCUUUUCAGUCUAACCUCCCCACAAGCAAAUCAGAACAAAUGUGCAAUAAUGUUGCCUAACCUCUCAGCAAAGCAUGUGACAAGCAAAUUGGGAUGGAAGCUCAAUGGGCUGGUUGUCUGCAAACGACCUCACAGCACUAAUGCAGGUCGAAUUUGCUACUCUGCAUUUUCAUUAAAAGCCAGGCUAGGGUCAUCUAAAACAAAACAAAACCCCUUGCUUAAUUGAUCAUCUGAGAUUUAGUCAGUUAACUUAUCUGUUAAAGGUGCAUUCAUUGCACAUGAGAAAAAAAGAGCAGUGGUUCUAAAGAGGGGAAAGCUAGAUUCUUAAAAGACCGGCAGGGCAGGCACACAGGACCAUAAGUCAUAACACUGACUAUUUCAUCUGCAUAUGCAAAUUAAGGAAAUCUUUUAGGGAAAAUGUAAUGGGGCGAGGAAGGGUAAACAAAAUCCAAAACAUCUCCCAGUGUCAUGGACCUCAUCAGAUUCAAUCAUUCUCCUUCUGCUAUUUUUUUUCUUUCUAAAAAACACCCGGUAAUUCUAAGGCUCACGGGUCUCCAAGGUUUUGCUGUGUGUGUGUGUGUGUGUGUGUGUAAACAACUACAGAAACCAAAAACACGGAACGCACUGCACAAAACCAAAAGAGAAUCGUAUAAUUGUAUAGUUGGAAGGGACUCCAAGAGCCAGUAACUUGUGUUUGAGCUCUCAGAUGUGCCACAAACAAUUUACUAAAAGCACCAAAGCGUUUUUUCCUGAAAUUCCUUCAUCCGGGGGCAACUUGAAAGAGAUAGACAUAUCAAAAGAAGUGAGGACUUUAUUUAUGUAUGCCACUACAGCAGCAAGAAUAUUGAUUGCACAAAAUUGGAAGACUGGAGAAAUACCUACUAAAGUACAAUGGCAAGAGACAUUGAUGAACUAUGCAGAACUGGCAAAAAUGACAGAUAGAUUGAGAGAAACAAACAACAGUGACUUUGAAAAAGAAUGGGAACUAUUUAUAUUAUAUUUGCAGAAACAAAGAAAGUCAAUAGACUUGAUGUCAAUAGACUUGAUGGCAGGAUUGAAAUAAACAUUCACAUUAUCAGAAAUUAUUAGUAUUAUUAUUAUUAGUAUUAGAAAUUAGAAAUUCUUAGAAGUAUUAGAAAUUAUUAGAAAAUGUUUAGAAAAUAGUGAAAUAUCAUGGUGUAUUUACUUUUAUUUUAAGUUUUUAGGCUUGAUGUUAUGUUAUUAACAACUUUUUCUGUUAGGAGAUAGCAAAGUGGGUGAAAAGAGAAACAAACCAGAAGCGGAAGUUGGGGGAAGCCCUGAAGGGGAGGGAGGGAGGACGAAUGAAAAAGAAAAAUGAAUAAAAUUUAAAAAGAAAGAAAGAAAGAGAUAGAUAUACAAAUAAGAAUCUUACAAGCAAUUUAACAGUGACAUAACACAUACAAGGUGACGCUGACACAAAAAACCUGCACAAACUUACACAACAGAACAAAAAUCAUUACCCCCCCAAAUAUUUAUCUCCCACACCCCUGGAUGUCUCUAUUUUCAUCAGAGAAAUGUCAGAGUGUAUGGAGUUAUCUGAAACCCAAACCAUCGAAAGGCAACCCCUAUAUAGGGAAGGUUUUUUUAAAAAAAGUUUUAUUAUCUUUUUAUGUGGGACGUGGGUGGCGCUGUGGUCUAAACCCCAGAGCCUAGGACUUGCAGAUCAGAAGGUCAGCGGUUCGAAUCCCCGUGACGGGGUGAGCUUCCGUUGCUUGGUCCCUCCUCCUGCCAACCUAGCAGUUUGAAAGCACGUCAAAGUGCAAGGAGAUAAAGAGGUACCGCUCUGGCAGGAAGGUAAACGGCGUUUCCGUGCACUGCUCUGGUUUGCCAGAAGCGGCUUAGUCAUGCUGGCCACAUGACCUGGAAGCUGUACUCUGGCUCCCUCGACCAAUAAACCGAGAUGAGCGCCGCAACCCCAGAGUCGGCCACAACUGGACCUAAUGGUCAGGGGUCCCUUUACCUUUAUAUUUGUUGGAAGCCACCCAGAGUGCCUGGGGCAACCCAGUCAGAUGGGCAGGGCAUAAGUAGUAAAAUGGUUGUUGUUAAUGUUAUUAUGGAAUAGGACACCCCUGUUUUCAUCAGAGAAUCGUUGGAAGGUAUGUAACCAUCUGCAGAAGAUGAGAGAGAAAAGAGGCUUCGAACGGGAAAGGCAGAGUCCAGGGAAAUACGAUGCUGUGUGGUUAAGAACUUGGUUAUGCGAAAAUAAAUCCUUUAUGGGCCAGGCAUUUGGUGGCCCUUUCAAAGCCAGGGCUGAUCAUAUGUUUUUCCUCUUUCUUAUGCUUGUCUGAGAUCAUGUUUUUUCAGGCGUUUCCAAACUCGCUCUGAAAGGGAUUCAUUGUCUGGUGAAUACCAGACCCUUAAUGCCCGAAAAAGAACACAGAAUCUCUGGAAAAAUAAAAAUGACCAAACCAUGUGAUGUGGACAGUACAGCUCAUGGCCACCAGAUGUGGUUAUGGCAGCAACUCGCUUAAAUGGCAUUGUUCUUAUUCUUAUUGAAAUUUGUUACUCGCCCUUCACCCUAGGGCCUCAGGGCAGGUUGCAACUAACCUGCAACAUUCAUACUGAAAUCUAGCAUGGCACAAUAUGAAUGUUGCAUGUCAUUAUUAAAUGACAUGCAACAUUAUUAAAAACAGCCUAAAGCAGCUUAAUAUUGCGAGAAUAAAGUUGGUCCUGGAAAUUUGUCAAAAGCCAGGGUAAAGGUUGGAUGAUGUCAGCUCUUUACUGAACAUCCAUUCUGAUUGGUGUUCAGGGAGGCUGCACAACAUUGCGUCAAGCCAUCAUUUCCCCACAUCUUCCAUUGCCCCAUAAUUAUCCUUCAGCAUAAUUAACCUUCCGCUUAGUUAUGCACGGCGUGGAGAAAGCGAGUAGAGAAAUGUUUCUCUUCCUCUCUCAUAACACUAGAACCAUGAAGCUGAAUAUUGGAAGAAUCAGGACAGAUAAAAGACCCUCCAAGUGCCCCUAUGUGGGGGUGACAGUCCUGUAUUUACAGAAGCACACCCUCCAACAUUACUCUGGUGAAAAUAGGGACGUUCUAAGGCAGCGAUGGCCAAACUUGGCCCUCCAGCUGUUUUUGGACUACAACUCCCAUCAUCCCUAGCUAACAGGACCAGUGGUCAGGGAUGGUGGGAACUGUAGUCCCAAAACAGCUGGAGGGCUAAGUUUGGCCAUCACUGUGCUGGUCCCGUGGGUUACCCGAUAGGCGAGGUCCAAGUCCGGUCCAUGGUCAAAGGUGCAACGUGGAGGCAGUCCAUAGUAGCUGAAGCUGGGUGCAGGGCAGGGAGUCAGGUGAAGUCAGGAGCAGGCUUGCAAGCAACCUCAGGAGCCAGAGCAGACUCAGCUGGUGCCUGCACCUGAGGAUCCAGCACAGGUGAGGACCCUUCAGGCUCAUGCCCCAGCCCCGGCUCAGCUGGUUCUGGAGGUGGGGAAUCCUGUGCAGGCUGGGAUCCCUCAGGUUCAGCAUCCGAAUCCCAGGCCAUCACAAUCACUGUUCUAAGGCAGGCAAUUCCCAUCAUCCCUGACCAUUGCUCCUGCUAGCUAGGGAUCAUGGGAACUGUAAUCCAAAAACAGCUGGAGGGCCAAGUUUGAGGAAGCCUGUUCUAGGGGAAAGCAGGACAUUCCGGGUGUUACAUAUUCAGUGGUCUCCAUUUGCCUGGGCUUGAGUCUGGACUAAGGAUUCUGAGCUCCUGUGUUCUGAUUUAAUGCAUGAUGUUCAGUCACAGAAUAUUUCAAGAUUUGGGCCGCUGCCUUUGGCCCUUGAACUCUGAGUCGUGAUUCGCAGUGGCGGAUGGCCUGCCACAAAGCCACAACAAAGGCCACAAUGGAUUCACCUGAGGCCUGGUCUCAUUUGUAGAAGGCAUGCCAGCAGGCAAUCUCUGAUGGCUGAGGAGCGAAGUGUCAGGAGUUCAGCCUACACUCGAGUAGGACCCUGGCAGAGACACAUGCCCGACUGGCAUGUUCCCUCCCUCCUGGUCGAUCGUUCAGGAGCUUCAUAAGUUUUCUUCAGCCCGAACAUCACAGCGACCGAUAGCAACAGCCAUCGACACACUUAGGGAUCCACAGAGUUUGCGCAACUUGCGUGACAGAACUCAGCAACUCAGCAUUUUGGCUAAUCUACUCUAUUUACAUAUAAACCCACACGGAGCACUGCAACAUGGCUCCCUCUCUCUCUGGCAUCAGACAGCAAAGAGAAAAAGAACAAAGGACAAUAGUCCCACUUCACGGAACACAGUAACACAAACAUCCUGUCUCCGUCACUUCCCAAAACAUAUACCGUCAUGUGAAAGACAACAAUCCCAUGACUGCAAUCAUGGAGCAGGAAUUCUAACAGGCAGUAGGUCUGCAGCUUUAGCAUGAUUGCAUUCAACGUUGUAUCGCUCAGCUUGGCUGGGGCCACCAGAGCCUGGGCCAUCUUGAAUAUAGCAGGACCCCACACACUGACAGUGUAGCCCACUUCAGUUUGGGGUCAGUCACCCUAUUGGCUGCGAGGAAGAACUCCAGCCGGCUGGCGUAGGAGUCCCAUUUCCCUGGAACCGUGGUGUCAAAUUCCUUGAUGUGGCCCUGAGUGGCCAUGAUGGCCACUCUGUGUGAUCUGCCUUGUGGCUUCAGCCAGUGAUUUCUCUUCAUGACCCCCUGGACCAGAGCACACCAGGCACUCCUGUCUUCCACUGCCUCCCACAAUUUGGUCAAACGCAUGUUGGUAGCUUCAAGAACACUGUCCCACCAUCUCGUCCUCUGCCGUCCCCUUCUCCUUGUGCCCUCCAUCUUUCCCAACAUCAGGGUCUUUUCCAGGGAGUCUUCUCUUCUCAUGAGGUGGCCAAAGUCUUGGAGCCUCAGCUUCAGGAUCUGUCCUUCCAGUGAGCACUCAGGGCAGAUUUCCUUCAGGAUGGAGAGGUUUGAUCUUCUUGCAGUCCAUGGGACUCUCAAGAGUCUCCUCCAGCACCAGAAUUCAAAAGCAUCAAUUCUUUGGCGAUCAGCCAGCUCUCACUUCCAUACAUCACUACUGGGAAAACCAUAGCUUUAACUAUACGGACCCUGGUUGGCAAGGUGAUGUCUCUGCUUUUUAAGAUGCAUUUUAAUAGUUCAAUAAUGUAUUUAAAAAACUAUUUUUAAGUAGACAAAUUUGACUAUUACAGUGGUACCUCGGGUUAAGUAUUUAAUUCGUUCCGGAGGUCCGUUCUUAACCUGAAACUGUUCUAAACCUGAAGCAUCCCUUUAACUAAUGGGGCCUCCUCCUGCCGUCGCACCAACGGAGACCGAUUUCUGUUCUUAUCCUGAAGCAAAGUUCUUAACCUGAAGCACUAUUUCUGGGUUAGCGGAGUGUGUAACUCGAAGCGUAUGUAACCUGAAGCGUAUGUAACCCGAGGUACCACUGUAUUAAUUAUAAUUAAAUUAUAAUUAUAAUUAAAACUUCUCCUUAUUUGUUUGUGAAUAUGCUGACCAAGGCCCCCUUUGGAAUCGGAGGCCUGGGCCCCCCCUCUGACUGGGCCUGGUCAACAGUGAAUUGUAGGUUGGUACCCACAAGGCAAGACACAGCAAGAACAGCAAGAACCUUUCUUGAACUACGUAACUGGGAAACAGGGGCAAAGCAACUGCUUAUAUACCGUAUUUUUUGCUCCAUAACACUCACUUUUUUCCUCCUAGAAAGUAAGGGGAAAUGUCUGUGCGUGUUAUAGAGCGGAAAUAGCACGGAUGGCAGGGGGUCUGCAGUCGUGAGCAGAGGAUCGUGGGUUUCCCCCUUCCUUCCACCUCCUCCGUGGCUCGCAGGCAGCACGGCGGGAGGAAGAGGGCGCCGCUGAGUGAGGAGGGGGACAGAGGCGGUGUUACAAGCACGGAUCCACAUGGAUCCCUCAGGAUUGUUUGCAUGGGCCACUCCCACUCCCAACGUGAUUGGCUGUCUAAACUUCCAAGCUGCGAAUCGCAAGUUCAAGAGCCAAUGGCAGCGGCCCGAAUCCUGAAACGUUCUGUGAUUGGACAACAUGUGUUGAAUCAGAACACAGGAGCUCAGAAUCCUUAAUCCAGACUCGAGCUCAGGCAAACAGAGACCACUGAAUAAAUAACACUGGGAUCAAAUCAGAAACCAGUACGGCUUCUGUAAAUCCAGAACUGUCCCUGGAGAACAGGGGCAGUUGGAGGGUCUGUGAAUCCACAACGACUGAAAGUCCACUGUUGUUCCCUGCUCCUGUUCUUAAGUAGGGCUGGGUCAUCCAUGCCCCACAAGAAGAGGGGACAGAGCAGAGUGUGGUCUCAUCCUGGGAGAUGGGACUGCAAUUCAGCACAGUUCCUGACUCCUUAAUUCACUCCCUGACUGCGAUUCAAAGGAAGUAUCUCGAAUUAGAAGUCUGUUCGGAUGCCAUCUGGCAGAAACGCAGGUUCUCUGGAAAAGGCAAGGCUGUGACUUGCAGGGAAACAAAAAGGCCUGCCUUUGUAGUGCGCACUUAAUAGGCAGCUGGUUUGGAUCAUGCAAGGGAGGGAAUCAGAAAUGAAUCGGGCGAGAGCAGUCGGCGGGCUUCACACAGCUACAAAAUCCAAAAUGCUGAAAGCUUUGCUCAGGGAAACAGGCACCCUGGAAUCUAUCUGUGGGGUGAAGCAUAAAGACCUCUGCCAGAGAGGGGUCAGCUGUAAAACUCCGGGUAGGAACAGAUUCCACUCAUCCCUUUUGCAAAGUACCAGGAAGAACAUGCAGACAAAAGGCGAGUCUGCUGGAUCAGGCCAAUGGCCCAUCUAGUUCAGGAUCCUGUUCGCACAAUGGGUGGCUCACCCAGGCACCUGAACAGCUUCCUCCACCGCUGGGCAGAACUUCCAAGUGUCCCUAUUUUCCAGGGACAGUCCCAGAUCUACAGAAACCAUCCCAGUUUCUGAUUUGAUCCCAGAAUGUCCCGCUUUUCCUUGGGACAUCCCUAUUUUCAUUGGAGAAAUGUUGGAGGGUAUGGAGUUAUGCAACGCCCAAGCCAAGGAGGUAAGGAACUAUACAACCUUUAGAAGACAUUUGAAGGCAGCCCUGUAUGGGGAAGGUUUUUUAAAAAAUGUUUAAUGUUUUAUUAUGUUUUUAUAUAUGUUGGAAGCCAUCCAGAGUGGCUGGGGCAACCCCAGUCAGAUCAGUAGGGGAUGAUGAUGAUGAUGAUGAUGAUGGAAUAGGUAAAGGUAAAGGGACCCCUGACCAUUAGGUCCAGUCGUGGCUGACUCUGGGGUUGCGGCGCUCAUCUCGCUUUAUUGGCUGAGGGAGCCGGUGUACAGCUUCCGGGUCAUGAGGCCAACAUGACUAAGCCACUUCUGGCGAACCAGAGCAGCGCACGGAAACACUGUUUACCUUCCCGCUGGAGUGGUACCUAUUUAUCUACUUGCACUUGGACGUGCUUUCGAACUGCUAGGUGGGCAGGAGCAGGGACAGAGCAACGGGAGCUCACCCCGUCGUGGGGAUUCGAACCGCCGACCUUCCAAUCGGCAAGUCCUAGGCUCUGUGGUUUAACCCACAGCACCACCCGCGUCCCUCUCCUUUUCCUUGGGACAUCCCUAUUUUCAUUGGAGAAAUGUCGGAGGGUAUGGAGUUAUGCAACCCCAAGCCAAGGAGGUAAGGAACUAUACAACCUUUAGAAGACAUUGAAGGCAGCCCUGUAUGGGGAAGGUUUUUUAAAAAAUGUUUUAUUAUGUUUUAUUAUGUUUUUAUAUCUGUUGGAAGCCAUCCAGAGUGGCUGCGGCAACUCCAGUCAGAUCAGUAGGGUAUGAUGAGGAGGAUGGAAUAAGAUGUCCCUAUUUUCAUCAGAGAAAUAUUGGGGGGCAUGUAUGGGCAGGCAGUAGGCAACAGUCUUAGCCCAGGGUGGUCCAAUUCAUGGCCCGAGGGCCGUAUGUGGCCCCCAGUGCCUUUAUAGGUGGCCCUCAGCAACUUUUGACGCCCCCUGCCCAGCCCUCAUGCUGCCAUCCCAAUAUUUUAUUCAAGUUGGCACCCCUGUCAGUCAAAUUAGAUGAUACUCAGCUCGAUGGACCAAUGGUCUUAUUUGUUAUAAGGCAUUCAGGUAGUUGUAAGCCAGAUUCCUAUAUUUUCUGUGAUCCUAUGAGUUUAUAGUUUAACCUUUCUUCACAUGAGCCACUUUGGAACUUUUUUUUCUGCCAUGAAGGAUGGUGUAGAGAUACUCCGGUGCAGAGGCAGAGUGGAGUAGUGGUUAGAGUCUUGGUGUCGCACCAGGGCUUCAAAUGGCCAGUCACAGCCUCUCAACCUCGGCCUACCUCACAGGGUUAUAUUGCGAGGAUCAAAUGGUGGGGGAGAGGGAGAACUGUGUUGGCCAACUUGAGUAUCUUGGAGGAGAGAUGAGAGAUCAAUGAAACAAACAAACAAACAAACAAACAUUGCUUCCUUCCAACAGAUUCUGUCUCCAUCUCUAUCUGGCUUCAUGGAUUAAUUAGAGCAGAACUUAAUUUGGCCACCAAAACCUGCCUUUGAGUAUUUUGCUGGAGGAAGCUUCUGGCAGCCAGGAGGGGCUCAGCAAGUUCUGCGGGAAGCAGUGCCAAAGAAGACUCUACCCUAAAGGCCAGCCAGAGGGAGAGAGAGAGAGAACGAGAAACUCCUCCAUUUCCCUUGCAGGAUAUUGGAUGCCUCUGGGGAAAAUCCAGUGCGCUGGGUUCUGUCACUGAGCACCAAAUGGAGUUGCUGGAAACCUUAAGAGCCUCAGAGGAGUCUGCCGGAUCAGGCCAGGGGCCUAUGGAUGGCUGACCAGAUCCUUGCAAACAGGAUUUCAGUGCAAGAACACUCUCUGUGGUUUCCAACAGCUGGCAUUCAGAAGCAUGAAUAAAACCAUUUCCCCUAUCCCUUAUACCCAACCCUAACCCUAACGAAGAGUCGGACACGACUAAACAACAACAACCCUAACCAUGCCAAGAAAAAUAUUCCUUCCAGUAGCACCUUAGAGACCAACUAAGUUUGUUCUUGGUAUGAGCUUUUGUGUGCAUGCACACUUCUUCAGAUACACUGAAACAGAAGUCACCAGACCCUUAUAUAUAGUGAGAGGGUUGUUGUUUUGUCGUUUAGUCGUGUCCGACUCUUCGUGACCCCAUGGACCAGAGCACGCCAGGCACUCCUGUCUUCCACUGCCUCCUGCAGUUUGGUCAAACUCAUGCUGGUAGCUUCGAGGACACUGUCCAACCAUCUCGUCCUCUGUCGUCCCCUUCUCCUUGUGCCCUCCAUCUUUCCCAACAUCAGGGUCUUUUCCAGGGAGUCUUCUCUUCUCAUGAGGUGGCCAAAGUCUUGGAGCCUCAGCUUCAGGAUCUGUCCUUCCGGUGAGCACUCAGGGCUGAUUUCCUUCAGAAUGGAGAGGUUUGAUCUUCUUGCAGUCCAUGGGACUCUCAAGAGUCUCCUCCAGCACCAGAAUUCAAAAGCAUCAAUUCUUUGGCGAUCAGCCUUCUUUAUGGUCCAGCUCUCACUUCCAUACAUCACUACAGUGGUACCUCGGGUUAAGAACUUAAUUUGUUCCGGAGGUUCAUUCUUAACCUGAAACUGUUCUUAACCUGAAGCACCACUUUAGCUAAUGGGGCCUCCUGCUGCCUCUGUGCUGCUGCUGCCUGAUUUCUGUUCUCAUCCUGAAGCAAAGUUCUUAAUCCAAGGUAAUAUUUCUGGGUUAGCGGAGUCUGUAACCUGAAGCGUCUGUAACCUGAAGUGUAUGUAAGCUGAGGUACCACUGUACUGGGAAAACCAUAGCUUUAACUAUACGGACCUUUGUCGGCAAGGCGAUGUCUCUGCUUUUUGAGAGGGUGGGGAGGGGUAUUACGCAGAAGGGUGGUGGGAAUGGGUGAUUGGCUGAUAGGUGUGGUAAACCUGUUGACGCCUGUUAACGACUGCAAUUGGUCUUACAGGAAGAAGCAAGGGGUGAGAUGGCUAAAAAAUAGCUUUAUCAUGUAUAAUGAGAUAAGAAUCCAAUGUCUCUAUUCAGACCAGGUCUCUCCAUGGUUUUAAGUUUGGUAAUAAGUUGCAAUUCAGCAACUUCUCUUUCCAGUCUAUUUCUGAAAUUCUUUUGUAAUAAGACAGCUACUUUGAGAUCUUGUAUAGAAUGUCCUGGGAGAUUAAGGAUUAAAGGCAGUAAUUAAACACAUGAGAAGGGUUUGUUGGAUCAGGCCAAUGACCCAUCUAGACCAUCAUCCUGCUCUGUCAUUCUUUGUGCUCAAAAGUCCUCUGUCUUCUUGCGGUUUCCAGCAAAUGGUAUUCAGAACCAUAGAAUGGUAGAGGUGGAGGGGACCCCAGGGGUCAUCAAGUCCAACCCCCCUGGAUUUCUGGAAUCUCAGCUAAAGCAUCCAUGACAGGUGGCCCUCCAGCCUCUGCUUACAAACCUUCAAGGAAGGAGAGUCUACAGAAGCAUUGUUACCCCUGAUUGGGAUGAACUUCCUUGGGUUUGUCUAAUCUUCUCAGAAAGCUGUCUCAGUUGGUAUUCACCACUGCUUCCUGCAACAGGGAGUUCCAUAGAUUAACUGUGCGCUACAUGAAUAAGUGCCUCCUUUUGCAGGACGUUGGAUGCCUCUGGGGAGAAUACCGAGCGCUGGGUUUUUUGGGACUGAAUGCCAGAAGGAAAGAGGGAGGGAAAAACCUUAGCAAGGCAGAUCAUUUUUGUGUGGCUGUUGGGCUGUGCAGGGCACAGGUGGGCAAGAGACAGCCGUGGCAGGUCGCCAGGUGGUUCUUGCCAGGGGACGGUUGCUGGCUGCCAACAGCAAAGCUGUGAUGAUUGCUUUCCUGGCAGGAAGGCAAUCUGGACACAAAUUAUUGCAAGGACAAGCUGAACGAAAAGGAGGUUGGUGAUCCUAAUUGCUAAAAACUGGAAAAAAGAAAUUGUGCCAACAAAAAAGGAAUGGCAAGACAAACUGUUAGAGUAUAUUGAACUGGCUAGAUUAACAGAGGCAAUUAGAGAUCACACUAGACAAGAGUUCCAAAAAGCACGGGGGAAAUGCAGAGAAUACUUCACAAAACAGUGCCCUAAAAUACACACCUGGACUUGUUUCGAUUAAUGUCUGCAGGAGACUUUGUGGAUAUUUAAGUUAUAAUUAUAAUUAUAAUUAUUCAUAAAGGAAACGGCUUAUAAGAAGUAAAUAAGGAGGCCGGAUACAGGAUAAAGGAAGUUUUUUAUUUGGUUGUUUGUAUUGUUGUAUGUUAUGCUUUUUGUUGUAUGUUAUACUUACUGUAUGUUAUGUUCACAUUUAAUGAGGAUGGAUUUCUGUAUUGGGGGGGGUGAGGGUUUAUGUUAUGUUGCAAAUAAAAUUUCCAAUUAAAAUUAAAAAUUAAAUAAGAAAAGGAGGUUGGUGAUGGAGGCGAGGGGUUUUAUUUGUGCCAAUCAGCCUACAAGGUAGUAGCAGUUGUUGUUGUUAAUUAAAUUUAUAUACCACCCUAUGCCCAGGGCAAUUCACAACUACAAUAGUUAGUUAGUUGGAGAACCUCUGUCCUGCCUCUUCAUAGACUCAUAGAAUUGUAGAGCUGGAAGGAACCCCAGGGGUCAUCUAGUCCAACCCCCUGCAAUGCAGGAAUCUCAGCUAAAGUAUCCAUGAAAGAUGGCCAUCUAACCUCUGCUUAAAAACCUCCAAGGGAGGAGAGUCUACAGCCUCCCAAGGAAGCCCGUUCCACUAUCGAACAGCUCUUGCUGUCAGAAGGUUUUUCUGUAUGUUUAGUCGGAAUCGCCUUUCUCGUAGCUUGAAGUCAUUAGUUCGGGGUCCCAACCCCCUGGAACAGCAGAAAACAAACUUGCUCCACCUUCCAUGUGAAAGCCUUUCAGAUAUUUGAUUUUUUUUAUUUUUAAUAAAAAAAAAAUUAUUUACACAACAAGAAAAACAAACAAACAAAAAACACAAAUACCGAAUUACACACAAAUUACAAAAAUAUCCAUAGACACUUAAUAUUCUUAGCAAACAAUAAAACAUCUAUUGGUCUUAACACUAAAGACCCAACCUCCCGUCUAUUCCAUACUUCAAAUUCAUAUUACUUAUUGCCAAUACACUUUUUUUCAUAAUUAAACUUAUUCUCAUUAAAUCUAAUUUCUUAUAUCUACCUUGCAACUAUUACUGAAGUUCCUCGAAUGCUGCAACAGAAUUUAAACUACUAUAUUUAUUUUUCAGAUAUUCUUUAAAAAACCUCCCAUUUAGAAACAAAUUCCUGUUUUGGUUUAUUUUUUAUUUUUUCUGAUAAACCAUCUAAUUCAGCAUAUUCUGUCAGCUUUUGGAUCCAAUCUUGAAUAGAGGGGAUUUCAUUACUCUUCCAUUUUGCUGCGAUCAAAACUCUUGCUGCCGCCGUCGCAUAUAAAAGAUACCCUUCCUCUUUUGUGGAAUAUCCAAAUCUGUUAUUCCCAGGAGGCAGGCCUCUGGUUUUUAUUGAAAGAGAUCUUUAGCAUUUUUUGCAGUUCUGCAUGUAUACUCUCCCAGAAUACCUGUAUUUUCCUACAUAUCCACCACAUAUGGUAGAAUGUUCCUGAGUCUUCGCAUCUCCAACAAUUACUUGAUACAUUUUUAUACAUUUUUGAAAGCUUCCAUGGUGUUAGAUACCAUCGAUGUUGCAUUUUUUGAAAGUUCUCUCUAAUCGUGUAACAAUUUGUGAAUUUCCAAUUGAUCUUCCAUAAAUUUUCCCAUUGGGCCAUGGUUAUUGAGUGGCCAAAAUCCUGGGACCACCUCACCAUUGCCACUGUUACCUCCUCCUCCUUGACUGUCCAGUCAAGGAGGAGUCGGUAAGUUUUGGAAAGAGUUUUCUUUUAGAAUUUAGAAGAUCAGAUUCGAAUCGGAAAUUUCUGUUGAGAACCCUUUUGUUUGUCAGAUUUAAAUUUUUCAAAUAACUGAUGGUAUUGGAACCAGUCUGAAAUGUGGUCUCUUAUUUCCUCAAAGUUUUUAAUUUUAUUUGGUUAUCUUCAUUUUUUAGAAGUAUUUUAUAUGUUGGCCAGCUUUCCUGAGUAUUUUCCGUUUUACUGCUAUGGCUUCUACUGGAGAAGUCCACCACGGGACUUUAGGCUCCAUCAGGUCUUUAUAUUUUUCCCAUACAGCAAAGAGUGAUUUUCUUAUUAUAUGGUUAGUAAAGUUUUUAUGAAUUUUCGCUUUUCCAUAUAUUAGGUAGGCGUGCCAUUCCCAACGGUUGUCAAAACCUUCCAGGUCGAGGAGGUCCGAAUCCUGCAACGUGCACCAAUCUUUUAGCCAGGUGAAACAUGCUGCCUCGUAGUAAAGUUUUAGGUCGGGUAGGGAAAAGCCUCCUCUCUCUUUUAUGUCUAUUAAGAUCAGGUGUUUAAUCCUAGGUUUCUUCCCUUCCCACAGGAAUUUGGAAAUUUCUCUUUGCCAUAUCUUGAGACAACCUGCUUCGCCCAGUAUUGGAAUCAUUUGAAAUAAAAAGAUUAAUUUUGGAAGUACAUUCAUCUUUAUAAUGGAAAUCCUACCCAGAAAUGUUAAUUUUAGUUUACUCCAGGUUACAAAGUUUUUUCUAAUCUCUAACCAAGUUUUGGUGUAAUUAUCCUGAAAUAAGUUUAUGUUCUUGGGGGUGAUCCAAAAGUUUUUCUGUAUGUUUAGUCGGAAUCGCCUUUCUCAUAGCUUGAAGUCAUUAGAAUCAUAGAAUCAUAGAAUCAUAGAAUCAUAGAGUUGGAAGAGACCACAAGGGCCAUCGAGUCCAACCCCCUGCCAAGCAGGAAGUUUUAGUUCGGGGUCCCAACCCCCUGGAACAGCAGAAAACAAACUUGUUCCACCUUCCAUGUGAAAGCCUUUCAGAUAUUUGAAUUGGACCAUCCGAUCACCUCUCAGUCUCCUCUCCCCCGGGCUAAACACCCCAAACUCCCUUGACUGAGUUAUUCUCUCUUUUCCCACACUGGGAAAAGCACUGGGCUUGGAAAAACAGGUCUGAAUAUUAGGAUAUAGUUCCAUUCCACCUUAAAAGGAGCAGGCAUGACUGUUGUGUGUCACAUGCCUGUUUACUUCCAGCACAGUCUGCUGGGAACUUCCAUUUGUAUAUUGCUUUUGCUAUUGCUGUUUUGCUUGGAGACGAAGGGAAGCAGACAUGUUUUUCCUUUGUUCCUGAACUUUGCUGAAUAAACGCUGUCAAUAAUGCUUACACAUGUCUCUGUCCGUCACUUCCAUUGUGAGGAUUUAUUCACUCUACUGAUAAGAGCCGGCACAGCUUCUAAACGUAUCUGAGGCUCAUGCCGCUGAUUGAUGCUGUUCCAUGGGAGACCGGUGUUCGCCUGGCUGCCGGCCGGUGGCUGGAGCCAGCUGGGGACUCCCCGGCAGCAUCCCAACACUGAAUUCAGGUGUAACCACCCACACCCCAUCUCUGAUAAUAGUGACUCGCCUUUCCUUUUUUCCAGGUUGCAACAAGACCACUCACGGUUUGGAGUCUGCUGCUAGGGCUGAGUCUUCUUAUACCCACUCAGAGCAAGGAAAAGGAAUCACUGGGCAAUGCCACGGUGAGACCAACCCCAGAAGAUCGUGGAGAUCAGUCCCCAAACCCAGACUUUUGCGACUUCACAUUUCACAUCCCCUGGUCUGGGAGCUCUUGCACGCCGACGACCCAGGCAACCGCCACACCAGCCUCCCAGGAAGAGCUGGACCAUCUCAAGAUCUUGUUGGAGGACCUUGGAGGCAACCUGAAGAGCCUUCAGGAGGCUGCAGCUCUGGAGGCCGGCCAGUCCAGGUACCAGGACAUCGUUUCUCAAGCCCUUCCAGAUGUGAGAGAGGCCAACGGGGCAUUCCAUGAGAUUCUUGGGAAGUUCCUGCAGGAGUUGGAGGAACACAUCCAUGCAGAUGACCAUCUGCACGCAGAGGACGAGAAAAAGAAGUAGGUGCUUCUUCACAACAGAUGCUCUUUUUGCGGGGCUUAGCAAUGGAGCACAGAGCUAGCUGCUUUGUACAUCCUAUAUAAUGCUCUGCAGGAUUAGCGGGAGGGUGAGUGGAAAGGAAGGAGAUCUCUUGUAAAACUGGAAUCUUGGGUCAGCCAAGGAAGUAACUAUUGACAAAACCUAUUGGUGUUUCACAACUUUACGACUAGUUGCAGGACCUUAGCCGACCUAGCAGAGUACACGCAGAAUCCAUGGAAGCAAUUGGCGACUUGGCUGCAGACAGGAUAGACGAAGCAGGAACCAGGAACUUGUAGUUAGGUGUUUAUUAUAUACAGUUGACUAUUUACAGGAACAGAACACUGAUCUUUUGCUAGCUCUCUCUGACACGACUCACAACUCCUACACUGACACACAGAACUCCUGAACUCCCGAACUAACACAUUCCAGUUAGAAGGCCAUUAAUUAUCACUCCCUUGAGAGAGCUUGACUAAUCAGGGAGCUGUCUCCAUUCCUCUGUUAUCACCCAGCAGACUUACUCCUUCAGAUUGCCUUCUGGCUGUUGGCCAAACCUUAAUUGACUCUGUGUGAGUAGCUGCAUGUACACAGUUUCUCAACAGUAACCAGCAGGCAGAGGAAAGGAAAUCCUUCCUUCUCGGGGCGGGGGACACAUUGAAUUCAGCUCCUACUUAAAGGCAAACCUACCUGGUUUGCGCUUUCUGAAAUUAUUAUUAUUUUAUUUAUUUAUACCCUGCCCAUCUGGGUGGCUCCCAACAGAAAAUUAAAAACACGAUAAAACAUCAAACAUUAAAAACUUCCCAACACAGGGCUGCCUUCAGAUGUCUUCUAAAAGUCAGGUAGUUGUUUAUUCUUUUGACAUCUGAUGGGAGGGCGUUCCACAGGGCAGGAGCCACUACCGAGAAGUCCUCUGUCUGGUUCCCUGUAACUUGGCUUCUUGCAGUGAGGGAACCGCCAGAAGGCACUUGGCGCUGGACUGGGCUGAACGAUGGGGGUGGAGACGCUCCUUCAGGUAUAUUGGACUGAGGCUGUUUAGGGCUUUAAAGGUCAGCACCAACACUUUGAAUUGUGCUCGGAAACGUACUGGGAGCCAAUGUAGAUCUUUCAAGACCGGUGUUAACUCUGUGCUGUGUGAAGAACGACUUUCUUUUGCCUGUCCUGAACCUUUCACCUUCUCUGGACGUCCAUGAGUUCUAGUCUUAUGAGAGAGGGAGAAAAUCUUUCUCUCUUUCUGUUUUCUCCAUGCCGUGCCUACUCUUAUAAACUUCUCCUGCAGGCCUUGCAUUACGUGUUGCAAGGAGAGACGCUUGUACAUUCAGCCUGCAAUGCUGAGAGACUGGGACCGGCUGAGCGAGAGCAAUUUCUUUAUAUAUUUUUUCUGCUGAUUCUCAGGGGUUUCUCCUGGGGAAUUUGCAUUGCCCCGGCUCAAUUUCACAUCCGAGCUGGAAUUUGGCUGGCGGUUUUGCGGCUGUGUAACUCACUCAGCCACCAGCUCCCUGUGCGAUGGAUGCCAUGUCCCAACAGGGGAGAGAGAGAGAGAGAAACUAAAAUCUUGCUCCUUGGUCUCCAUUGCCUCCUGUCCUCAUAUUCCUGGCCCCCCACUCUCCUGCACACCCACUGUGCCCUUGAAAACACCCAAGCCCCCCUCCCUGCUUAAUAGCACCACGAUAAAAUGAAUGGGAGGGACGCAGGUGGCGCUGUGGGUUAAACCACAGAGCCUAGGACUUGCCGAUCAGAAGGUCGUUGGUUCGAAUCCCCGCGACUGGGUGAGCUCCCGUUGCUCGGUCCCUGCUCCUGCCAACCUAGCAGUUGAAAAGCACGUUAAAGUGCAAGUAGAUAAAUAGGUACCACUCCGGCGGGAAGGUAAACGGUGUUUCCGUGCGCUGAUCUGGUUCGCCAGAAGCGGCUUAGUCUUGCUGGCCACAUGACCCGGAAGCUGUACGCCGGCUCCCUCGGCCGAUAAAGCGAGAUGAGCGCCGCAACCCGAGUCGGCCAUGACUGGACCGAACGGUCAGGGGUCCCUUUACCUUUACUAAAAUGAAUGGGCAUUAGACACAGGGGAGCCCAGAAUUUAGUGAUACACCAUCUGCUUUGCUUGCUAAAUGCCCCGGGUUCAAUUCUCAAUGGCGUCUCCAGAGAGAGCCUCUACCCAGUGGCUUUAAAACUUCAGUGGCACCCUGUGCGAUGCCAAAAUUUGUCCCCUCCACUGCCUCUUGCCUUCCGUUGUUCGCCAUUAUUGCAGCGCCCCUGGCGGCACCCUCUCAGCUUGGCGCGAGCCAAGUGUGGGUAAUUGGUCCGCACUCCCCGAAAUCUGCUGCUGCCCUGCUUUAAAUUCUGGGGAGCUGCUGCUGGUCCGUGUGGACUUCUGAAUUGCAGGAAUGUUCACGGUGGCAGGAGAGGAUGUAUUGUUUAUUACUGUCCUUCCUAACUUGUGCUAGCAAGUUCUUUUACUUAGCAGAGUUACAUUCCCGUGGCCAACUCUGGGGUUGUGGCGCUCAUCUCGCUUUAUUGGCUGAAGGAGCCGGCGUACAUGUGCCCAGCAUGACUAAGCCGCUUCUGGCGAACCAGAGCAGCGCACGGAAACACCGUUUACCUUCCCGCCGGAGUGGUACCUAUUGAUCUACUUGCACUUUGACGUGCUUUCAAACUGCUAGGUUGGCAGGAGCAGGGACCGAGUAACGGAGCUCACCCCGUUGCAGGGAUUCGAACCUCCAACCUUAGAAUAGUGUAGAAUAACAUUAAAUACCAGCAUAUAAAAAUUAAACAGAAAUCUACUCUUAACAAUUGCAAUAAAUAAAUAACAAUUGCAGUAAAUAAUCAAUAAAAGAACGGCAAGCCACAGUGCAUAAAAUGUUGUUUUUUAGUCGUUUAGUCGUGUCCGACUCUUUGUGACCCCCUGGACCAGAGCAUGCCAGGCACUCCUGUCUUCCACUGCCUCCCGCAGUUUGGUCAAACUCACGCUGGUAGCUUCGAGAACACUGUCCCACCAUCUCGUCCUCUGUCGUCCCCUUCUCCUUGUGCCCUCCAUCUUUCCCAACAUCAGGGUCUUUUCCAUGGAGUCUUCUCUUCUCAUGAGGUGGCCAAAGUCUUGGAGCCUCAGCUUCAGGAUCUGUCCUUCCAGUGAGCACUCAGGGCUGAUUUCCUUCAGAAUGGAUCGGUUUGAUCUUCUUGCAGUCCAUGGGACUCUCAAGAGUCUCCUCCAGCACCAGAAUUCAAAAGCAUCAAUUCUUCGGUGAUCAGCCUUCUCUAUGGUCCAGCUCUCACUUCCAUACAUCACUACUGGGAAAACCAGAGCUUUUGCAAAUUGAGAAGCAGAGAGUGGAGGGUGGAGCAAAGCAGGUGGAAAGAGGCCUUGCCUGAUGAAGUCUUUCCCCUCUCCCCUCACCAGCUUCCUUCUCCUCCUCUAGCGCAGCCAUUCCCCCAUCAGACUGCUCCUCUUCACCCCUGGUGCUGCUGCCAGGAGUCUGUUCCUCUGAAUCGUCUUCCUGUUCAUCACUUGCAGAGGGGGCUAUGACAUUGGAAAGCAGAUCUGGACAGUUAUAUCUGCUGGAAGAACACAGGGUUUUGUGUUUCCUCUUCUGGUUGCUCAUAAAAGCCCACGACACUUUCCUCUUGUUUUUAUUCCGUUUGGUUAAAGAGGGUUUCCAUAUUUUCUCCCUCCUCUUCUGCGUAGGUUAAACGAACACUUGCGGGGGAUGGACAGGAUGCUGCGGGUGACCAGCCACCUGGCCGAGCAGCUGGACCAAGCCUCCCAGGACCUCCUGGUCAAGAUGACCAGCCUUUUGGAGAAACCAGCCACCCGGGUGGAAGGAAGCACCCUGAAGACAUCUUAACUGCGCAUCCCGUUCUCUGUUCGCAAAAGCAUUAAAAGAAAGGUC